GGACGAGGCUACUCCGAGAGGUUCGGCCUGUACUACGAGACUUCAGGAACCAGAAUAAACCACGUUACCCAAAAGCCUCGGUUCAGUACUACAAACGCAUCAUCAGCUCCAACGGAUUCCCCAACCAGAGAGAGGUAGAGAAUUGGAAGAGGAAGGCCACAGAGACCUGCUCUUCCAGUAACCAGCUCCUGGCUGCAGAGGAACAACGGAGUACUGCUGCCAAUAUACUAAGACUUAUACAUGACCCCCUGACCAGCCAUAUGGAGAUGGUCACAGAGGUGGUGGUCCCCACUGUGUGUACCCUGUGUAUCCUCCUAUCUGCGGUCUUCCUCAUGUUCCUGCUGCGGAGACACAACUAGAUAUACUACUACUACACUACUAGAUAUACUACUACACUACUACUACACUACUAGAUAUACUACUACACUACUAGAUAUACUACUACACAACUAGAUAUACUACUACUACACAACU